UGUACUUUUUAGAUUAUAAGUUGAUGCAGAAAACUCUAAGUGGGACUUUGCAGAAAAGAGGAAGAUGCUUAACAAUUGUUUAUUUUGUAGAUAAAACUGUUCUCAUCUUUGCAGUAAAAGCAACAAACAUGAGAUUAACAGGAUAAGCUUUCGAGAUCUUUUUUAUUUGUUGACUAUCUCCAAAUAUGGAGAUCCGUUUCUCUGUUCUCAGCUUGAGGCGCCUUUGAUGUUGAACAAAUGAAUCACUAGCAUCCCUGAGGCCACAUCUGUGAUCAGCUGGAGGCUGGACCCAAAAAAAUAAACCGUCCUGGGAAAAAGAGUUUCAUCGCCCCUCUCUUAGAGUUUUAUAACAUUUGGGUUUUUUUUAUUUUUUACUGUUGUUUCAUCUGAAAAAGUCACUGCAGAGGAAGUGAAAAGCAGACUGUUGGCUUAUCAUCUGCAUUCAGGCAUUUCCUCUUUUCUCCAGCGCAUCACCUCACGUCACACUUCCCCCGUUUCUACAUGCCAGCACUUGAUCUGUAUUCCCAUCCAGGACUCAAAUCCUUCACUUUUUCGAUAGCUGAAAACAGGACUCUCAGAGAACGCCGUCGUGCUAGCAUGUGUGGGAAAGUCUGCAGCUGCAUGUUAAAACAGAAACCAACGGGAGGGCGCAUUCUUGCUGAGCUGACUGCAGACACCUCGGUUGUCUUUUAUUUACCCGAACAUUCUGAGGAGGUGUUUUGACUUGAGUGAACCGUCAGUGAACUCAGAAGGAGCGACGAGCGAGCUUCUCCCGUGAGCCUCGACCUGAUUUUACACCAAGAAGAUGAAGACAUUUGCCGUUUUCCUCCUUGUUGCUCUCAUUUCAAGAGCUUCUCCGAGCAGCAGUGAUCGGCCCAGCAGUCAAAAGAAUGUUCCUGUUCCCAGAACUUUUUUUGGGAACCUGGUCCCUCAGACAAACGAUGAGCAGAACAGCACCCAGGCGGGUUCAACCUCCGCCUCUCGCUCCUCCUUUCCAGCUCUGCAGGCCCUCAGUAACAGCACCAUGGAGUACCUCAGCGGCCCGCUCAGCACCCGGGUCAUCCCCUUCACCUAUAUAUUUGUGAUUGUUCUUGGUAUCCCGGCCAACGUUGCCAUCCUGUGUUUCCUCGCCAAAAAAAUCCGGAAGGUCUCCUCCGCCAUCCUCUACUACAGCCUGGCAGUGUCCGACCUCUUCCUCCUCCUCUCCCUCACCUUUAAGAUUCACUACCAUCUCCAUGGAAACGACUGGGUUCUGGGAGAGGCAGCCUGUCGGGUGGUCACUGCCUGUUUCUAUGGCAACCUCUACUGUUCAGCCAUGACGCUUGCCUGCAUUAGUGUGAAGCGCUACAUCGCUGUGGUGCACCCCUUCAUGUACAAAGGGCUGCCCAAGAAGAUGUGCACGGCCUGGGUCAGCUUGGGGGUGUGGGGGGUGUUUGGAAUAGCUGUCAUCCCAGAGUUCCUGAUUCAGCAGAGCUAUUGGCUCCCGCAGCUGAACCGUACAUCCUGCCACGAUGUGCUCGCUCGUGACGACAACUCCUUCAGCUUCGCCUUCCUGCUGUCCUACAACCUGGUUCUUACCGUCGUCGGUCUUCUGGUUCCACUGGUGGUUUCGAUUGUCUGCUACAUUCGGAUCAUCAUUGUGCUCAAAAAGUCCCUCCAAGACUGGGGAAAGUACAUCAAGGCCAGCUCUCUGGUGUUCGCCAUCUUCCUGGUGUGUUUCCUCCCAGCUGGAUUCCUGCACUUUAUCCAUUAUCUGCAGCUGGAGCUGAAUGGAACUGAAAGUUUGUACGGGUACUUUAACCUGGCAGUGUGCUUGUGCUGUCUCCACGCUUGUCUGGACCCCUUCCUCUUUGUCCUCAUGUCCACCUCCACCGGCUCCAGGCUUUUCAUAAUGACGUUCAAAGGCAAGUCCAUGAGCAUUACUCUUUGAAAGGAGUCGCUUUAUUUUGGAGGGGGAUGGAAUCCAAAGAUAGAGGAAGUCUGUUGUUUCUGGAUGAUUCGCUGAACUUGUUUGAGUUUUAACGUUUUCUCCAAUGUAAAUAUGUUUCGGAGAAAAUAAAAAUGUACAUAUUUUAGUACUGUCACUGUUAUGAAAAGGAAAAAUAAGUAUUAUGCUUGAAAUAUUCAGCCCUGCCUCUCAGAAAAACCAAAAUGAGCUGAAAACUUCAUUUAAUGUCUUCCCAAGUAAUAGAUUUACACAACGUUAGGCACCGGAUUGAUGUUUCAUUAAAUAUAUUUAUAUAUAUAUUGAAGAGAAAUAUCUCUAAUGCUGAGUAAAAGUGCAAAACUUGAGCCAAAAAACGAUUGUUGGAUCCUUUAAGCUACAGUAGCUACUGCUUUGAGAAUUAGUUCAACUCAAGAAGAGAUAAAAUAAUGCUCAAAACGUUUAGACUCAAAACUAAUGUGAAAAAAACUGGAUUCUUAACAAGGAAAAAACUAUACCAAAAGUCAUAUCAACCACUUCCUUCAUCAACUUCCACUUCAACAGUAAAAGGGUUGAAACAGUUCUAAAUUUACAGAAGUUAUUCGUUGCAAAAACAAAAAACAAAACUGAGAUUUGAAGACAAUAUUUUACAAAGAAAAAGCUUAAACUGGUUUAAAGUAACAGAGCAAAAAACUGAAACGGCUCUAAACAUUAGAUGACAGUAUUCUUAUUUUUAUGUGACAAAUUUAAAUAGCUAAAUAGUGUGAAACAACAAAACGGCCUUUAAAUGAACCUGUGCUAUUUAAAAUGAUUAGCUAAAGAAAAACUUCUAACUUCCUGGCCAUACUAGCCUCAAGGGAACUGCAAGAUGCACCUGCACUCCCCUUAAAAUAAAGCCACUUUACUCUAUGACUCUCCAAAGACCUGGACAGUUGAUGUUUAACGUCUGUCUAUUAGUGAACAUUAUUCUUGUCGUCAAAUUCAAAGUUUUUCUUCUUUAAGAUCAGAGUAAACUGUUCACAGUGAAUGUUUGCAAACAAUGAGAAUGCAAGUACAGUGCGUUCAACCAUCGAAAAGGGGAGGGGCUUCUUCUGCCAGUUAGCUUUUAAUUCAGUUCUAGCAUUUAAACCCAUAAAUGAUGUUUCUUACCAGCUUGCUUUAGCUUUCGGUAUGCUAAAUUAUCCAGGUGGUGCUUGGAACCCCCCAAAAAAAAAUCCUCAGAAAAGCGCAUGCAGAAUUUGUAUAUAAACAAAAAAGUAACAUAAAAUAUUCAAAAUGUAAAAAAUGUAAUAAGACUUAAUCAGUGUUGUAACAGUUUAGUACUUUUUGUGUCAGUAGUUUGUGAAAAUAGGGCAAAUUACUCUUAUGAAAAUAUUUGUGACUGUUAAGCGUUUACACGGGAACUUUAGUUCUAGUGUUGACAUUCUUUAAAUAACAGUAAUUUUUCAACCAUUUACACAAUUAAUGUAAUUUCGGUGACUUCUGAAGAUGAGAAAAGCAGCUUUGCUCUGAUAUGCAACACUUGUUUAUGCAAUCAAUGCAAAAGCUGUUCUCACAUCGGCAUCUGGUAAUUGCAUAAACGGUUGAGGAGCUACUAUAUUUGGAAAACCGUGUGUACUUUUGCUGUCGCCGGCGACAGCUAUGGUGUUAAAACGUUAUUCUAGGUAACGGUAACCAGAUCAAAGUUGUAGCAUAUAAGAAAGGUUCUUCGAAUCGUCGGCUUAACGUUUUUCUCUGGGGCGGGGUUGAAAUGAAUGAUAACUCUGUCACGUCUAAAACAAUCAGAACAGAACUGACUUUAACGUAGAUCCUCACAACCUCAGGGUUUUCUUUUGUUUUUUUUUUAAGUUUUAGCUGUUAAAAUGUUAAAACAGAAAAACAACCAGAACAGGAACAAUGUUGUGCUUGUUCUUAAAUUACAGACAUUUUUCUCAGCUUAUUUAACUAUGAUUUGUUUAUGCUAAAAAAGUGAAUGUGACUUGGGAUGAAUGUCAAAGCGCUGAUAAUAGUUUAAAAUGAAUGUGUUUUUGUGUUUACUGAGAUCUGUACUGACUGUGUUUCUGCAAUGAUUUAUCAAGCUGUGAUGCUGCUUAAUAAAAGCUGCUUUUGAUUCUUUUUAAA